AUGAUGUAUUCAACCACCCAGAAAACAGAGCAGUAUGACGUGAAAAUUUCAAAUACUCGAGGGAAGUUUGAGAUGACAACAACAGUGAGCAAGGUGGACAAAGGUGUUCUGCUGUCAAUUCCAAAUCCUCAGUACAAUGAUAAGAUCAAGAUGUUUCCGCACCUCGCGGGUGUGACCAUGGAUGAUGAAGAUACGAAGCCGGAACGGCCCAUACAUUUAAUACUGGGAGCUAGUGAAUACUCCAGGAUCAAGACACAAACCCAGCCGAAGAUUAGAAAGGCCGGUGAACCGAUUGCAGAACUAACUACAUUGGGCUGGACGAUGAUGUCAGCGGGCAAGGGGCCCGUUUCUCGAAAGUCUCGGUAACUUUACGGACCCGAAAUCAAAUAUUCAAAUCGAAAUAUGAAAAAUAAGAGCGCGGGUCCUGGCUAGCAAACUACUCCAUUUUGUUUCAUUAACUGACAGUUUUAUCGUGUUAGAUGCGAAACUAUUGAAACCUCGAUCUUUAAUGUAAACGGAGACAGCUUACCGGGCCCGUUAAUUAUCGGGACUUUCGAGAAACGGGCCCAAGGAGGUCGGGCUGACGAGUGCUUACCUGACUAGAACUCCCUCAGCAGACUACGAACAGCUGUGUAGUCUGGACGUGCUGGGCCUUGAAGAUAAAGCAGACAGGAAUCAGCAGAGUGUAUAUGAAGAGCUAAUUGGGUGCUGUCAAAGAUGGUCGUUUCUUUUAUCGCUCCGUCGUUUUCGAUGUAAACUCCGCUUAUAACCAUGGAGCGCACUUAAUUUUUUACCGAAUGGCAGCCAAAACUGACUCGCUUGGGAAGAAUGACGUUUCCUCUAGAAGAAGAGCAAAAAGAAUACGGGAAAAAGGUUCUCAAACUGACGACGACCUCGAGGAGCUUCCCGACCACGAGGGUGACGCCACGCUGAAAGCCCUUGACGAUAUCAGGAAUAAGUUAGAAAGCUUACUUCUUCUCAAACCAGCUGUUGAUGACCUAAAAUCAGUAAUUGCUAAACUCACAGAGGAAAACAAGCAACUAAUGGAAAGUUUGAAUUCUGCAACUAAGGAAAUUCAAGAAAUUAAAAAUGCUUCCGCGGCGACUGAAAAGGUGACUGCUUCGCUUCGCAAAGAAAAUGAUCAUUUGAAGGCUGAAGUCGACAAAUUAGUAUGUCGCAACAUACGUCUUGAAGCUCAGUCAAGAAGAAGCAACUUCAGAGUUUACGGUGUCAGAGAUUCUCCACAUGAAACUCCAGCAGAAACCGAGCAAGUGUUGAGAAACGUCCUGUUACAACAGCUUCAAAUACCUGAAGAAGACGUAAACAAUAUGAGCUUCGAAAGAGUUCAUCGAAUUUCUAACACCCGAGCUGUUAAUCAAACCAACAAAUCUAAGAGUCCGCGCCCAAUAAUCGCCAAAGCCAGCUUUUAUCAAGACAAGGAGCAAAUUUUUUCAUUCGCUAGAAGCUUACCAAAAGGCUCAAAGAUCGGUGUUGCCAGUGACUUCCCAAAAGAAAUUGCCGAUAUGCACAAGAAACUUUACCCAAUCUUGAAAGCUGCUAAAGCCCAGAAGAAAAAAGCUUUCUUUAAUGUCGACAAACUUAUUAUUGAUGGGCAAGUUUAUCGUGGAAAAGAAACUAAAGAUCUUCCUCUGUACGGUAAAGUUAUGGUACAUGAUUAGUCAGUUGCUGUAAAUAAUUGCUUCCUUUCGCGCUCCCAAGAGUUGCUUCGCUCUUAGCGCCUACUUAUUUAGCAUUAAACUGUUCAUAGGGAACCCGUUUAGGUGUAAGAAGAGGUUUCCCUACUUUGAGCAAUUUGUGCUCAAGUAACUGUGCGUUUUGUGUCUUAGCGUUUCUGUAUAACCGUUUUUAUUUACAUGUUUGGAAUCUAUUUUGAUAUACUUAGAUUUAUCUCCCUACAGCUCUUGUACUCCUUCAGCUUGCGUUAAGACUGAUUACUAAUGUUUAUUAUUUAAUUUACAUUAAGUACACUUUCAAUUCAAAAUUGCUAACAUUCGAAAAGUUUUUCAAUAUCUUCCUCAACGAAACCGAUAGAAUAUUCUAUGCUGCUAAUUCACGGCUGCUCCGUUUAGACUCUCCUUUUGUUCUUUAAACGUAAGAGGUUUAAAUCAAGCUAGAAAGAGACGGCGGGUGUUUAGAUGGCUCCACAAUCAAAAAUUCGACGUUGUUUAUUUACAAGAAACUUACUCUUCCAAAAGUGUCGAAUAAAUGUGGAAAGCAGAAUGGGGAGGGAAAAUUUAUUAUAGUCAUGGAACAACACAUUCAAAAGGUGUGAUGAUAUUAUUUAAACCGAGCCUGGAUUUCGAAACAGAAAGCAUCUUCGCUGAUAAGAAUGGACGAUACUUGCUAUUAAAAGCCAACGUGCUAGAAUCUUCCUUCUUGUUUAGCAACAUUUACACGCCAAAUGACUCUAUCGCCCAGAUAGCUUUCUUUCGCAAUCUUGAUAACAUUCUCCUACCAUUUGCAGAUGCACAAAUCAUCUUGGGAGGUGACAUGAAUUGCCCAUUAACACCUACAGAUAAAAUGGGUGGUGCUACUGUUCAGAAAAAACAAAAAGUCAUUGACGAGAUUGAAGGCUUAACCCGGCGUUUUAAACUUCAUGACAUUUGGAGAAAUCAACAUACCAACAAAACACAAUUUACAUGGCGUAACAAUUCCUUGAAAGUGCAAUGCCGCUUAGAUUAUUGGCUUGUGUCGAAAGAAUUGUUGAUGUCUGUCAUUGAUACUAACAUCACCAACCCCACAAUAUCUGAUCAUAUAGCGCUAUCACUUUCACUCCUCAAUCGAAAGAAUAGAUCAGAAUACGCUAAACGUGGACCUGGGUUUUGGAAAAUUAAUAACGCUUUGCUGAAAGAUGCAAAUUUCACUGACGAGCUCGUAAGCAAAAUACCCGAAUACAAAAACAAACACUGUUACCUUACUAAUGAAGGCCUGUACUGGGACAUGCUCAAGAUGGAGAUUAGAGGUUUCUCUGUACAAUACUCAAAAAGGAAAAACAGAAUAAAAAGAAAUAAGGAACGAGACCUUCAGAAAGAAAUUGAUCACCUAAUGGCCUUGCUGCAAUCCAACAGAUCGAAAGAAAAUAUCACUAAACUCUACCAAUUAAGAGCUCAACUCAAUCAGAUUGCUGAAUAUAAAACCGAGGGUGCAAUGAUUAGAAGUAGGAUACGCUGGCACGAAAAAGGAGAAAAGAAUACUAAAUACUUCUUAAAUCUUGAGAAAAGGAGGUUUGCAAAAACUCAUAUAACUAGGCUUAAAACAAGUACUGGCUCGGAAACUUCUUGCGAAAAAGAGAUUUUGGAAAUGCAGAGAGCAUUUUAUGAAAAUUUAUAUACGAGCGCUCCCUGUGAUAUUAUUGCACGCGAUACUUUCCUGGGAGACCCUAACCUCGUCAAACUCGACGAAAACGAGCUAAAUGAACUCGAACAGCCUUUGUCGAAAACCGAGUGUUUCAACGUUCUUAAACAGUGUGCUAAAAACAGAUGUCCGGGCAGCGACGGUCUCUCAGUUGAGUUCUAUUUGCACUUCUGGCAUCUACUUGGUGAUGAGAUGGUCCAAAGCUUUAACUAUGCUCAUAAAGUAGAACAACUCAACAUAACACAAAGACAAGGUAUAAUAAAGGUCAUACCGAAAAAACGCAAGAACAGGUUGUAUUUGGAACAUUGGAGACCGCUAACGUUACUUAACGUCGACUAUAAAAUAGCAACCAAAUUUAUAGCCCAUAGAAUCGCUAAAGUCCUCCCCAAAUUAAUAAACGACGACCAAACUGGCUAUGUCAAGGGACGCUAUAUAGGACAGAACAUUAGACUCAUUAACGAUAUCAUGAAGAUAACUGAGCUAGAAAACAUUCCCGGCAUGGCGAUUUUUGUGGACUUUAAAAAAGCUUUUGACACCGUCGACUGGAACUUCCUUUUUAUGACCUUGGAGGCAUCAAAUUUCGGCCCUCAGUUACUACAGUGGAUCCGAACCUUUUACACUGACUGUUCUAGCUGUGUAGUAAAUAAUGGUUACGCCUCUGUCUUCUUUAAACUACAAAGAGGUGUUCGCCAAGGGUGCCCUCUUUCCGGCUCCCUAUUUGUGCUGUGCGCUGAAAUUCUUGCUAAUGCAAUAAGGUCUAAUGCAAAUAUUCAAGGAAUCAACAUAUAUGGAAAGGAAUUCAAAAUUUCACAAUACGCAGAUGAUACCACUGUUUUUGUCUCUGAUAUAACAUCUGCCCAAAACCUCUUCCAACUGCUCCACGCUUUUCAAAAAUGCUCUGGUCUUGAAGUAAACAGAAGCAAGACAGAGGGCUUGUGGCUAGGCGCGAACAAAAACAACCCGGAAGAACCUCUUGAUAUUGCAUGGCCAAAAGACCCUGUAUUUGCACUUGGUAUUCACUUCUCUUAUAAUGACGAAGCUGCUUUCAAAAGGAACUUUGAACAGAAACUGUCCUCGAUGGCUUCCUUGCUAAACUUGUGGUACCCUAAGAGCUUAACUUUACAUGGUCGAAUUGUCAUUUUAAAAGCAUUAGCCCUCUCCAAACUUAUUUAUAACACUGCUGUCCUCACUGUCACCCCCGCAUUUAUUCAAAAAGUUAAUAAAGCUAUUACUCAAUUCGUCUGGCAAAAGAAAAAACCAAAAAUAAAACAAACUACCCUGAUUGUCCCUAAAGAAAAAGGUGGUCUCUCAUUGCCUGAUUUUGACAUGAUUAACAAUGCUCUCAAAGCAACUUGGAUCAGAAGACUAGACAGCUGUCAUCCCACCGCGAGUUGGACUCACAUUCCUGUUUCCCUGCUAGAGCGGGUCGGUGGUCUCUUUCUCCUUAAAUGUAACUUUGAACUUAAACAUCUUAACAUACACAUUCCAUUGAUCUUUUACGAGAAAGCCUUGUUGGCCUGGCAAUCCAUAAAUUCGUUCACUCCCUCCUCAAAAGAAGAAAUACUGAAUGAAAUCUUAUGGAACAACCGCUUUAUUAGGAUCAACAAUUAUUCAGUAUACUACAAAGCAUGGCAUGUAGCGGGUGUUGAAAAAAUUGGAGAUCUCUUCAACGGCAAUACCUUUCUAUCUCACCAAGACUUCUGUUCUUAUUUUGGUCUUAAAACUAAUUUUCUUACCUACUACGGUUUAUGCAAAGCAAUUCCUCCUAACUGGAUUAAAAUAAUGAAAGGUAAAUUACAACCGCCUUCGAAUAAAUCCAUAAGUAUGGAUAGAAUUCCCGUUGAGAAGCUUUCUUCUAAACUUGCUACCAACUUUUUUGUUGAAAGGAAAUUUGUUCCUGCCACCGCCAAAAAAAGACUCAGAAAUGCUAGUUUAAAUGAACAGCAAAUUUCUCAAAUUUACAAGAUGCCUUUCAGUGCUACGAAAGACAUACAACUCUCAAUGUUUCAGUUCAAGAUCUUACACCACAUCUUACCCACCAACGCUACAUUAUAUAAAUUCGGAAUUAAGAAGCAUGACCGCUGUCAUUUAUGCGCUGAAAAGCAAACAAUCACACACCUAUUUGUGACUUGCCCCAAUGCUCAGCUGUUUUGGACACAUUUUUCAGUUUGGUGGCGCGAAAAAAACAACAUUGAGAUCUCGCUUUCUGAAGCACAAACACUUUAUGGCAUUACAGACACCGUGCCUCAGUGUCUUGGUUUAAACCUCUGCUUGAUAAUUGCAAAAUACUAUAUUUACACCGCGUCUAAAAAUGAGGAAGAUUAUUUUUUCGACGCUUUUUUGUCUAUCCUUAAAAAUAAAAUACAAAUUGAAACUAGCAAAGCUAAGGUGCAAGUCAAGCUGUAAAAAUAAUUUUCUUGAUUCUGGCUAAUUUCCCUUGUUUUUUGGCUUUUUUGUUUUGUUUGUUUGUUUGUUAUUUAUUUAUUUAUUUUUUGUCGUUUUUAGCGUAUUUACUCUUCGUUAAUAGGUAGUAAGUUAGUAAUUAGUUGUAUUAGAAUUCUUUUUUCACUAUUUUGUAACAGACUCCAACUCAUCGGCUCCUGUUUUGUAAGCAUUAUCUUGUAAGUUUAUAUUAUGUAAGUAAGUAGCAUUUAACUUAGCAAGUUAUAUGUAAGUAGGUAUUAAAGCUUUAUGUAACUAAGUAAGUACUAUGUAAGUAAGUCAACAUUAUGUUUGUAAAAACAAUUAAAAAAAAAAAAAAAAAGAG